AUGGAAUCGUAUCUUGUCACUCUAAAUAAGCGUGUUCCUACACUUUUUAAACAUAUGAGCAGUUUAGGAUAUACAGAUACUCUUUACAGCGUAGUAGCCUUUGGCGGUGCUUCUGCCGUGAUUCAGCCUUUUACAGAUAAUACUACUCAAGUAAUGAAUACUCUAUCGAUUCUUGCUGAAAAAACUGGAACAAGUUAUGGAUGGGAAGAUCAAGAGGCUGGGCUUGAAGCAAUACGAUCUGUCAUAAAUAUGGACGCGAACGGUGUGGUACCCAAUUCGAUACUUGCUCAAAAAUGCCAACUUUAUUCAGGUGUAUCCAAUCAAGCAUGCUAUAUAUCAUGGCGUGAAAAAUCAAUUCGAAAUAUAAUUAUGGUGACAGAUGAAGACAGUGAUAUGCCGAUUCAUCCGAUGGCUGACCAAACAACUGCAUUUGCAAACCAGUCUAUCUUGACUCAAAACGAGUCUGAAUAUUUUACCCAGCUCUACGAACCACCUUUUUCUCCUUCGAUUCUUUACCAAACUACUUCCGGAUACCUUCGAUAUAGAUCGGCAAAUCAACCUUUGGUCCUUUCUGAUGCAUGGCAACAAGAAAUCGACCAAACCGCACACAAGAUGAUAUCUGCAGGAAUCAGCAUGUCUCUUUUUUCCAAAUCAGACUUUAAUGGUAACUCCAAGGGGCCAAUAUCGUCGUGGACUGAUGCAAACGCGUAUCGUCUUGCACUAACGCAUCAGUACGCAAACAACUCGGAUCGGGAUAUGUCAUUUACUACCUUGCUACAGUACGGUCAUGCUGAACUAAACCUUCAUGUGAUAAACUCGACCAAUCCCCAGCAUAUUGUAUACACAGGGUUUAAUGCCACAGGCACUCUUGAUGGAUUGGUGGAUAAUGGAUAUGGACAGUCUCUUCAAGCACAAGCAUUGAGCGAACUUUACAAGGUUGAAAAAAUGGCUCAUGACAGUUUGAGUGGACCCAUUGCACCCAUGCGAGUUUUUACUCUUCAAACAGUGAACGAUGCAGAUCCAAAUGCAAAUGGGUUAAUAGAUGCUGGAUUGCUAGGUGGAAUGGUUGAUUUUCCUAGAUGUACCUUGCCGCCACUGCCUUUGCCAACUACCACGUCAUCAACGGUUGCAACUACAAUUAAAUGGGCUACAUCAACAAUAUCUUUUGACAACUCAACUACCAUGUUGUCGACAGCUUCAACUACAUUUGAACUGUCUACAUCAACAAUAUCUUUGGACAACCCAACUGCCACGGCUUCUGCGAUAGCAACAGCAACAGUAUUGGUAGGAUCAGCACACUCUUCUCCCCCUAUAUCCAAUACAGCAGCUAUUGCUGGUGGAAUGCUAAGUGCCGUGGGUAUUACUGCUGCUGGGGUUAUCCUGUUCAGACGAUCAUCUUCCUCUUUACGCGCAGCAUCAGUACUUUCACCUGAGCCUCCUCCAUCCAAUACGCUCAAUCCAAUAUUUGAAAAAACAGAUCCAAUAGAAAAUGCUAUUUUUGUACCAAAGUUUGCCCAAGGAGGUGCAGAGGGCACCUCAAGUGCUACCAGUUUGUAA